AGUUGCUCCAAAGAACCUCUCUAAACAGACACUGAAGACCACAAUCCCUAACUCCUGGCAGUUCCUGAGAUCACAAGGAGAGCCAGGUCAGCGAGGGAGCCUGGAGAGAGGCAUCCUACACCAGAUUUUGUGGCCUGUAUGUGGCAUGCUGCCUGAGAGAAACAGGUAGGAGAUCAUGACAGCUACGCUAACACUAGAAGCCAUGGCCAGUGUAGAAGAAUACGGGCCGAGGAACUGUGUGGUAUGUGGAGACCGAGCCACAGGCUAUCACUUCCAUGCCCUGACUUGUGAGGGCUGCAAGGGCUUCUUCAGACGAACAGUCAGCAAAACCAUUGGUCCCAUCUGUCCGUUUGCUGGAAGGUGUGAGGUCAGCAAGGCUCAGAGACGCCAUUGUCCAGCCUGCAGGUUGCAGAAGUGUCUAAGUGUUGGCAUGAGGAAAGACAUGAUACUGUCAGCAGAAGCCCUGGCAUUGCGGCGAGCCAGACAGGCACAGCGGCGGGCACAGAAAGCACCUUUGCAACUGAGUCAGCAGCAGAAAGAGCUGGUCCAGACCCUCCUGGGGGCCCACACUCGCCAUAUGGGCCCCAUGUUUGACCAGUUUGUGCAGUUCAAGCCUCCGGCUUACCUGUUCAUCCAUCACCGGCCUUUCCAGCCUCUGGCCCCCGUGUUGCCUAUGCUCACACACUUUGCAGAUAUCAAUACUUUCAUGGUGCAGCAGAUUAUCAAGUUCACCAAGGAGCUGCCCCUUUUCCGGUCCCUAACCAUGGAGGACCAGAUCUCCCUUCUCAAGGGGGCGGCUGUGGAAAUAUUGCAUAUCUCACUUAACACUACAUUCUGUCUCCAAACACAGAAUUUCUUCUGUGGGCCUCUUUGCUACAAAAUGGAAGAUGCAGUCCAUGCAGGGUUCCGGUACGAGUUUUUGGAGUUGAUCAUUCACUUCCAUAAAACACUGAAAGGACUGAAACUCCAGGAGCCCGAGUAUGUGCUCAUGGCUGCCAUGGCCCUCUUCUCUCCUGACAGGCCUGGAGUUACCCAAAGAGAAGAGAUUGACCAUGUGCAAGAGGAGAUGGCACUGAUUCUGAACAACCACAUUAUGGAACAACAGUCAAGGCUCCAGAGUCGGUUUCUGUAUGCAAAGCUGAUGGGCCUGUUGGCUGAGCUCCGGAGUAUAAACAAAGCAUACUCAUAUGAAAUCCAGCGCAUCCAGGGACUCUCUGCUAUGAUGCCGCUGCUUGGGGAGAUUUGCAGCUGAGGACCAGGCUUGCAUCCUUUCCCAGACCCUGGGGAUACACUGGACUGGAAAGGGAAAAGUACUGACGCCCCAAACGGGAACCAGCAGAAAGGAACUCGGCAAUGGCAAUGAAACACUGAACAGUAGUAACUCUCUCUUCAUGCGGUCAUCAGUGGGGCAUGGAGUGGGUAGGGGACAGAGAGAAGGAGUCAGGUGACCAUAGGGCCAAAGUUGUUCUCUGGAAACCCAGAGGGUGGGAAGGAUGGAGGCCUCAGGGCUAGGAGGUGAAUGAAGUUCCUUCUUGGAAUGGGUGGGACCAUUCUUUGGUCUUUCUGUGGCCAAAGAUUUAGCUCUUUAAUCCUACCUUCCCAACCUUGGGAGGCUGAGGAAUGGAAAAAACAGGAGAAAUGGGAUAGAUAGGAGGCUUUUUUUUCCUUCUGCUUCCUAUUUUCAUGCAGAUUUCUCUGCUUUGAAGAAGGAGGA